AUAAAUUUUGAUAAUGGGAUUGGAAACUUGGAAUCAUAAAAAUUGAAUGAAAAGAGCGUCUUUGAUUUAUGAAUAGCAAAUUUGGUGUGGGUCGAUCUGUGAUUGCCCACGUUCUUUUGCCAUGAAAGCGGUCCUGCGCACCCUGCAGCCCUAACCAUUCAACUUCCAUUUUUCUGGAUCUGGGAGAUAGAAGACCGGCUCCGGUACCUCCAUUCUUCUCUCUGAAGCUCUUCUGGAGAAGCCAUGGAACAUAAUCUUGCAAACUGGCCUGGAAUGCAGAGACCUCCUUCAGACCCUCAAUCUAAUCCUUUCGGAAACGUCUUACAUGGAGCUGGAAGCGGAAUCAUUCGUGGCAGUUUGGGUGCAUAUGGUGAAAAGUUCUUCGGCUCAAGCUCUGAAUUUAUGCAAAGCAAUAUUGCUCAGCAUCUCUCUGAUCCACAGUACUAUUUCCAGGUGAAUGGCCUGUACGUAUGGAAUAAAUUGAAGGUGAUCCUAUUUCCAUUCUUACACAGAGGACACUGGACAAGGAUAACUGAGCCAGUCGCAGGAAGGCUUUCUUACAAACCUCCAAUCCAGGACAUAAAUGCUCCGGACCUUUAUAUUCCUUUCAUGGCUUUUGGUACCUAUAUUGUUCUUACUGGUUUCUACUCCGGCGUUUUCGGAAGAUUCAGUCCAGAAGCCCUGAGUUUGCAGUUUACGAAGGGAUUAUUCGGUUGGCUUUUGGAGGUGCUCAUCCUGAAAGGGAUUCUGUAUUCGAUGGGCAGCGGAGAGGCUCCUUUGUUUGACAUCGUCGCAUACGGCGGCUAUGCGUUUGCAGCAUUAUCGCUGGCCAUUAUGACAAGGAUGUUCUGGAGCUUCUCUUACUACUUCAUGCUGCCUUGGAUUUGUAUUUGCACAGGUGUGUUUCUUUUGAAAACGAUGAAGAGGGUUCUGCUGGGCGGUACGAGGGGUUAUGAAAAACAUUCGAGCCGACAACAUUAUCUUCUUCUUUUAAUGGUUGUGUCACAGUUUCCGCUACUGUUUUGGCUCGGCAGUGUCUGAGGCGGUUAACUGUAAGUAUGUUUAUCUAUACUCUAUAUCCUACAUUUUGGACACUUUACACAGGCAAUUCUUUACUUACCAUUCUUGUUUUACCUGCUCUAUUAAUAGUUUUGUGAAAUUUUGGUCUUGAGAUUUAACAGGUUUUGAUG